AUGAACAAGGAACUUGCCUUAAUCUUCACACCUGCCGAAUCUGCGGAGCAGGUGUGCAGCGCCAGGAACUUGCACGGGAGCUGGCGAAUCUCAAUAGAAAGAGCAGAGGAGUCCGCUGUGACAAGUCGAGCAGAACUUCAUGCGGAAUAUCGCUGUGUCUGCAAUGCUCUCUCCCUGGAAAUUAAAGCCAGUCCUAAAGUGCGAGCUUUCAUUGGUGAACAGGUAUCGCUGAAAUGCUCAUUCAAAUCCAGUUCUCCCAUCACUGAGAGCCUGACGGUGGACUGGACGUACCGGCCGCUCACAGGUGGUCAGAUGGAAACAAUUUUUCACUAUCAGUCUGUUCCAUACCCAACAACAGUGGGAAAGUUCAAAGACAGGAUAUCCUGGAUUGGGAAUGUUGCCAGGGGUGAUGCUUCUGUUGCUAUCGAAAGCCCAGUGAUGAGUGACAACGGGACAUUCAUCUGCAGCGUGAAGAAUCCUCCAGACGUGUACCAUAACAUUCCCCAGACAGUGCUGAUAGUUACGGAGAGGGGCCUUUCCUUCCAGCUAACAUCAGCGGUGCUGCUGUCCAUUUUAGUAUUUCUCCCUUCCAUCAUUGUGGUCGUUCUGCUGUUGGUCAGGAUGGGAAGGAAAUUUGGUGUGCUAAAGGAGAAAAAAAAAUCUGGCUGUAAGAAAUCCUCCAUCGAAGUGUCUGAUGAGCCUGAACAUACAGAGACAGACAACUGCUUGGGGAAACUGAGAAGCUGGUGUCUGAACUGUGUGGACACGGAUGAGGAAGACCCGUACUGGUGAAAGACUAAAGCUGUGGAUAAAGAACAAAAUUACAGCACUGAAGAUGCUGCCUAGAUAGGUGUAUGAAGGCUGCUGGAUAACCAGUGCAGGUUGAAAGACCUGCUCAGAUCUUGGUAGAUUGGAAGAAUAAUGCCAAUGGGUUAAUUCACUUUUAUUUAAGCACAAAGUAACGAUUCUGGAAAUCUUUCUAA